AUGGGGGGCAAAUCUAGCAACAAGGCCGGCUACUUCGACAAGCUCAAGGGCUUGUUGGAGGAGUACAAGUCCAUCUUCAUCGUCUCCGUCGACAAUGUCUCUUCCCAGCAGAUGCACGAGAUUCGCCAGGCCCUCCGUGGUGAUGGUAUUGUCCUGAUGGGCAAGAACACUAUGGUUCGCCGUGCCCUGAAGACCUUUAUCCCCGAUGCGCCCGAGUACGAGCGUCUCCUGCCCUUCGUCAAGGGCAACGUUGGUUUCGUCUUCACCAACGCCGACCUCAAGACCAUCCGUGACAAGAUCCUGGAGAACAAGGUCGCCGCCCCUGCCCGUGCUGGUGCCGUCGCCCCGGUCGAUGUGUGGGUUCCCGCUGGCAACACUGGUAUGGAGCCCGGCAAGACCUCCUUCUUCCAGGCUCUCGGUGUCCCCACCAAGAUUGCUCGUGGUACCAUUGAAAUCACGACUGAUCUGAAGCUCGUCGAGGCUGGUGCCAAGGUCGGCCCCUCUGAGGCCACCCUGCUCAACAUGCUCAACAUCUCUCCCUUCACCUAUGGUAUGGGCGUCACCCAGGUCUACGACCAGGGCAACACCUUCCCCCCUGAUGUCCUGGACAUCGGUGAGGAUCAGCUGCUGAAGGCCUUCUCCUCGGCCAUCACCACCAUUGCCUGCAUCUCCCUGGCCCUGAACUUCCCCACCCUGCCCUCCGUCAUCCACUCCAUUGUCAACAGCUACAAGAAGGUUCUCGCCGUCGCUGUGGAGACCGAGUACAGCUGGCCCGAGAUCGAGGAGCUCAAGGACCGCAUUGCCAACCCCGACGCCUACGCCUCCGCUGCCCCGGUUGCUGCCGCUACCACCACGGAGGCCGCUGCCGAGGAGAAGGAGGAGGAAAAGGAGGAGGAGUCCGACGAGGACGAUGGUGGUUUCGGUGGUCUCUUCGACUAA